AUGGCGCUCGGUUCCGCCGCGCCGCGUCGCGACCGCGCGAGCGUCCUCGUCGUGAACGACGACGGCAUCGACGCCCCCGGGAUCCUCGCGCUCGUUCGCGCGCUCGCGAACUGCGGGACCUUCGACGUCUACGUCGCCGCGCCGGACGCCGAGCGCAGCGCGUGCUCGCACUGCAUAUCGAUCCACGCCCCGCUCGCGGUCGAGCCUCGAUCGAUCCCCGGCGCGAUCGCCGCCUACGCGGUGAGCGGCACCCCCGCGGACUGCGCGAUGCUCGCGACGGGCGCGCUCUUCCCGUCGAUUCGAUUCGACUUCGUCGUCAGCGGCGUCAACCGCGGGGAUAACUUGGGACGCCACGUGAUAUACAGCGGCACGGUCGCGGGCGCGAGGGAGGGCGCGAUGAAGACGGGCGGCGUCGGCGUCGCGGUGUCGCUGUGUUCGUACAGCCGCGACGCGGAUUACUCGGACGCCGCGAGCGUCGCGGCGGAGACUUUGACGGCGGUGCGGUCGACGCUCGGGGUGUACGGCGCGCUCGCGGGGAAAGUUUUGAACGUGAACGUCCCUCACCGCGGCGACGGCAACUCGGGGGGCGGUUCAGGGAUCAAGGGCGUGAAGCUGACGCGGCCGGGGUUCAGCUGCACGCAGCCGGACUGGGUGAGAGUCUCGAGUCCGGGGGAGGACGCGGAGGUCGCCGCGGCGGCGCCCGCGCCGCCAAAGUCGGACGACGCGUACGGCGCGGGGGUCGUGCCGUCGGUCGUCGUUGCUAACGAUGAAACGCACGAAAACGGGGCGUUAGUAUCAGAUACUGGCGGCGACGCGGCGUGGACGAAGGGCGUGAGGUGGUUCCGUAACCGUCCGGGACCGCACACGAGAGACGACGGCGACGGGACGGAUCAACGCGCGAUAGACGACGGAUACGUUUCCGUGUCCAUACUGUCGUGCGAGUUCGAGAGCAGCGACGGCGGGUUCGAGGGCGGGCGCGAGAGCGCGUGGGCCACGGGGAGCGACGCGGGCGAGGUGCUGCGGGGGUACAGGGACGCGCGGUGCAUCGGCGGCGGGGCGUGA